CAUUCUUUUCUUUAUCUCUUCCUCUUUUUAAAAAAAAUGUCUAUACUUUCUUCGCUUAAAACUCGUCUGCAUCAGAAGAAAAUAAAAAAACCACUGCUAAAUAAGAUAUCCAACCUGCCGAAAGAACUAAUUUGCUGUAUUUAUCAACAGCUUGAAACUGCCGAUUGUCAAAUUGCUUUUUCUCGCACAUGCAAAGCAUUUCGUGCAGUUGCCUUGGAUAAACGCAGCAAUGCUGCAUGGGUAGUGACGCGUUAUGGUCCCAGAUUUGCCAUCUAUUAUGCCUUAUUGUCUUUCCCGUCGCAAUGUAACAGCCAAUUUGUGCAAUACUUGAUCUACUCCGGCGCCUUUAUUCCACGUUACUUGAUCCAGGUGCUGAUACAGGUCUAUGGUAAGCCCUUAGAUUCUUUAAUCAAGCAAUCAGAAACUCGUCAAAGACGCUCUUCCUUCGAUACCGUGGACCUUCAUCUGAUUUUUCCCAAGGCUAUGCAACAACUCCCCUUUGAUGGCUACGCCUCCUUAAUAAACUAUGGCUUCAAAUCGUAUGGUAAGAUUGACAUCUUUGGGAAUGACUUGGUAGAGUUUUUGGAACAUGAAAGCUCUUGUCAAGCACUUAUUCAAGAACAGGGAUUUUUCCCUGCUCCUUUAACUGGAAAGAAUAGCAACUAUAAACAUGUGCUUCGACUGGCUCAAAGUUCGAGGAAAUCAUACGAUUUAAUUGCGCCUGUUUUUGAUUUUGAUCCUUUGGCACGAAGUUCGCUCUGGGAGGCUAUCUUACUCUUGUUUUUCGAUGAGGCGUUUCGUUCAGGUAAUGAACUUAGCAAGGAGAAACUGGCACAGUUUGAAUCGAUAAAUCAUGUUGUGAUUCCACACAACGGGAGACAUGUGAAGCUGAUUGGUCCAUUGACAGACCAGCAAAUUUUUUGUCAGGUGUUUGCUACAUUCUUUACCAGAUAUCCUAUAGGCUACUGUCAACAACGAACCAUGAAGAAGUUGUUGCAUCUGCUGGAGAAGUUUGUAAGCCCUAAUUUUAGUAUUCAACUUGCCUUGGAGCAUAUGGUGCAGGCAAGUAUCGGAAGAAGUGAUACCAUUGAAUCCGUCGAUCAUUUCUUAAAGGGACAUUAAAAGAAAUUCUCUCUCUCUCUCUCUCUCUAUCUGUGUGUGUGUGUAUAUAUAUAUAAUUUAUGUAAUAAACCCAAUAUUUGUAUAAUAUCAAUAUUUGAUAUAAA